ACCACGUGUGUUGUGUGUUAGUUGAUUGUGCAGCAUAUUAGCUUCGAGCUCAUUGCUUACGGUCCGGUGAAAUUGUUUGCAAGAAGAAAGUACUAUAUUUGUUAUUUUUCUUUUGCUAGAAUAAUAUAAAAUGGCAAAGUUAUGUUUGAAGAAAGGUAGCAAGAGGGUUUUGGCCAGUAGGCGGUACAAGAUUGAAAAGCGGGUGAAGGAACACAACAAGAAGCUGAAGAAGGAAGCUAAGAAAAAAGACAACAAAAUCAAUAGAAAGCCCGUGCAGAUCCCAAAUAUUUGUCCCUUCAAAGAGCAAAUCCUGGCAGAAGUUGAAAAUCUGAAAGCGCAGCAAGAAAAGGAGAGGGAGGCCAAGCGGCUGCAAAUGAGGGAGGAAAGGACAAAGCAGAAGGACGUUCUGGCUAAAGGCGGUCUCGAAGGGCUCGUGAACAGUGCAGAAAAAAGGGGCAGCGAGCACGAGACGGCGGUAGACAAGGAGCACGCCAACUUCCCUGGCAUCUUCACCGACACCACUGUCAAGACCUUCUACAAGGAGUUCAGAAAGGUGUUGAACAACGCUGAUGUUAUUCUGGAAGUCCUUGAUGCCAGGGAUCCUUUGGGCACCAGGUGCCCAACAGUGGAGAAGGAGGUGGUUGAAGGGUCCAGGAAGAAGCUGGUCAUAGUGCUCAACAAAGCUGAUUUGGUUCCUCGAGAUGUUUUGAACCAGUGGCUUAAGUAUUUGAGACGCAGCUUUCCUACAAUCCCUUUCAAGGCCAGCACCCAGCAGCAAGGACAGAAACUAAGCACAGGAGGUGGAAGGAAACGUAAAAUGGUAUCUACUUUGACCCAAGCCGAAAUGGAGGGUUCUCCCUGUGUCGGAGCUGAACUGCUCAUGGGCCUGCUGGCCAAUUACUGCAGAAAUAAGGACAUCAAGACCUCCAUCACCGUUGGCAUUGUUGGUUUGCCAAAUGUCGGUAAAAGUAGCAUCAUCAACAGUUUGAAAAGGUCCAGAGCGUGCAAUGUCGGCGCCCUUCCAGGCAUCACAAAGACAAUGCAGCAAGUGCAGCUCGACUCUAGGGUGAAGCUGCUGGACAGUCCUGGAAUUGUUUUCGCCACUGGAGACAUGUCUGAUGCCUCCAUUGCCCUGAAAAAUGCCCUCCGACUGGACAACCUGGAAGACUAUUUCAAACCUGCUGAAGCCAUUCUUCAAAGAGCCAACAAGGACCAGCUCAAAUCCAUCUACAACAUUGAUGAAGAUUUUACGUCGACUGACCACUUUUUGUCCCUGAUGGGCAAGGCAAUGGGCAGAUACAGGAAGGGAGGAGUGCCAGACGGCAGGGCUGCGGCUAGAACGCUCAUUCAUGAUUGGAACACUGGCAAAAUUAAGUACUAUGUGCUGCCCCCAGAGGAGACAAGCGAAGACGUUCACAUCAGCUCUGAAAUUGUGAAGGAGUUGGCUGAAGAGUUUGAUAUCAACAAGGUGGCUCAUGUUGAGAAAUCGACUAUGUCUAACCUGGGAAAGCUUGCUCCCGAGGAUGCCAUGGCGAUUGAGUCUGACGGCCCUGUCACUGCAGUUUUCCCGGACUUCAACAAGCCAGGCGAGACAAUUGUGGUGGUUGAAGAAGAGGCAGCCGACGAUGAGGAAAUGGACGAGGACGAUGCCGAGUUUGAGGACAUGGAGGAUGAUAAAGAGCCCGAUGAGCUGAUCGCCAAACGAGUGAAGGUGGUCGCCACUAAGAAGAGGAAGAGAGGCAAAAAAGGUGCCCUGAAGAAGGAAAAACCAGACCCAACCAUGGAGCUGGAGGGGAACCUUAAAUUGGGAAACAUUAAAAAGAAGCAAUUUAAGAAGGCAAAAAAGGACCAAAAGAGGCUUGCUCGCGCGAUUGAUGCAAUGGAAUGAGUACAUACUUCAAUAUUACACUUGAUCUUUUAUGAUAUCCAAUAAACCACUUUAAUAUCAACA